AUGAAAACAGAGUACAUCAAGAUAAACAAGCCUGAAGCCAAAGAUGUUGCAUUACCGGUGGUAAUGACAAUUGCUGGAAGUGAUAACUCGGGAGGAGCAGGAGUUGAAGCCGAUUUGAAAACUUUUAGUGCAUUUGGAGUUUACGGAACCACCUGUAUCGCAGCAUUGACUGCUCAAAAUACAAAAGGUGUCGUAUCGUUCGAAAAGACUUCGCAAAAGCUAAUCGCUCAAAUCUUGAAGGCCAAUUUGGAAGACUUCUAUGGGUAUGAGAAUGCACCUUUGAAAGUGGUGAAGACGGGGAUGUUAACUAAAGAAGCAAUUGAGGAGAUAUCGAAAGCCAAUAUCAAAGUGAAGUUUGUUAUUGACCCAGUAAUGGUGAGUACAUCUGGUAGUAAGUUGUUCGAUUUGGAUGGAAUCAAGUACUGCGUUGACCAUUUAAUGAAAGAUUCGUAUUUAAUCACUCCAAACUUGCCCGAGGCUAAAGCAUUAUACGGAUUGUUUAACAAUCCUGUUGAAAUCACUACUAUGGAAGAGUUCAAAAAAUUUGUUGUUGAACUACUGGGCUAUCUCAAAUGCAAAAACUUGUUGGUGAAAGGGGGCCAUAUCCCCUUUGAUAAGGAAGGUAAUGUAUCCCAAAAUGGUUCCCACGUCAUGGACAUUUUGUACGAGACGGAGUCCCAAUCGUUGACUAUUUUCAAUUCAGUGUACAUCAGCUCUGAAAAUACACACGGUACAGGAUGCACUUUAGCUUCUGCAAUUGCAGCAAAUGUAGCCAAGGACAGAAAUCUCACCGAUGCAAUUGCCAUUGCCAUUGAUUUUAUUCACAGUGGCAUGUUGCAAAUGACGAAAUUGGGCCACGGAAAUGGUCCAUUAAACCAUAAUGUAAUCCCACGUACUCAGAUUACUCGCUUUAUUGCGGAAGAUGGCAACGAUGUUUUGAAAUUUGAUGAAAAUAGUGAUUUUGUUGACUACUUGACGUCACACCCAAAAGUAAAACAAACUUGGCAGAGGUACACCGAGCAUCCAUUUGUUAAGAAGUUAGCUGAGAAUACUCUUCCAUUUGAGAGUUUCUUUUACUACUUGAAACAGGACUACCAUUAUCUCAUCAUAUACGCCAGAAUGCAUGGUCUAUUGGCGUCAAAGGCCCCUACUUACCAACAGACACAUGCAGCUGCAACAAUAAUCGGAGAAGUUAUUACCGAAAUUGAGCAUCACAAGAAAAGGCUCAAGGCAUACAAUGUCGAUUAUGAAAGAGAUAUUCAAGACUUGAAGCCGGGCAAAGCUUGUGUAGAAUACUGUGACUACUUGCUUGCCGCGGGGGAAACAGAGGACUACUUGGGAAUCAAAGUAGCUUUGGCUCCUUGUUUACAUGGGUAUGCUGAAGCAGGUGCUUAUGGCAAAAAAUUGAGAGAGGAAAAUCCGGUUGAGAUACCUGAUGUUUACAAAGAUUGGUUGAAUGUAUAUGCUUCGGACUGGUACUCAAAAGCUGACAAAGAAGGAAGAUUGGCUCUUAAUGCACUAGUUGCGGAUGGCAUAACUAAAUCACGUGCAGAAGAGUUGGUAGAUAUAUUCAAUACAGUAUCCCAAUUGGAGAUUAACUUUUGGAAUGAAGUAUUGGAUAUUUAG